GUCAGUGUUUAAUACACCAAUCAACACUGAUGCUGGUUUGCCACGGGAUCCUGAUGAUUAUAUGCCACGAGCACAACUCCGUAAGGAUUUUGCAGCUGGAAAGCGUAUACUUGGCAAUCCGGAAGAAGUGAAGACCUUUGCAAAAAAAUAUAUAGUCAAGGAGGAAUAUAUCACCCAGUAUGUUCAACACUUGCAGGAGCUAGAGUGGGCAAAAGAAAUCCGAACCAGAACGAGGCAAGCUGAUGCAGCCGAGAAGAAGAACAAGUCGUUUGAAGAUUAUGCGUGGCAGGAACUAUUAGAAGAUGAGAAACUAGGGAAACUGACAGUUGCUGAAUUGAACAAAUACCUGGCACAUCAUAAUUUGCCACUUACAGGGAAGAAGGCUGAUAAAGACCGAACUAUUGUUAUGCAUCUUGCUGCUAAUGUGCCAAUGGUAUUCGUUGAUGAUGAAGAAGAAGAACAGGAGAUGGAAGCACGCGAAGAAAUUAUUGCUGAGAUUGACAGUGAUGACUCAGAUGUGGCUAUUGAAGAUUUUGAAUUAGAUGAGAUUGAGACAGGAGAAGAUUCAGAUUCUGAUGACGACGAAACUGUUUUGUUUCAAAGUUUAGUUGAUGCGCAG